AUGGACAGCUACAGUCCCAAAGUAGAUUCUCUUUCUUAUCACACGAACACAAGAAUGGACAUAACAACUCUAUUCGAAAAAUAUAAAAAGACUCACAAUAAAUUAAGUCCACUUCCUUUGAAUCAGUUUUAUCCCAUGGCAAUAAAUGAGAAUUGCGACUUGCUUCAAAUGUAACCAGAUAGUGAUGUUCAAAACUUUGUUUCAUUUAGAGAACUAAAUUAAGGGGCGGUUUCAGAAUUAAAACGAUCAUUGUAAUAAUCAAAAAUGGUUUGGAAUAAUUACAGUAAAUAUCUGUUUGGAGAGGCAUCCUUGGAUGAAGUAGAAAUGGAAAGUGUCGAUCAAUAAAAAUCUUAUACAUCUCGAAAAUUGCAAUUGCUUCAUAAUAGAGAGACUUUCCAUAAAAUGAGGAAACAAUACAAACAAUAUGAGGAAGACUAAAUGAACCAAGUUAAAUAAGCAUUAAAAAAGAUUCACUCAUAAACUAAUGGAAUUAAGGUCUAUCCAUCCUUAGCAUAUUAAGAUUAACAAAAGUUGGAACUGCUUAGAAAAUAAGUAAGAUUGGGCGGGGCUUAAUAAUUAUAAGAAAGAAAUGCUGAUGCUUAACAAUUAUAAAAAAGAAUACUCGAGUCAUAAGUGGCAUUAAGUUAAAUUAAAAAGCAAUUUGCUUAUGCUUAUAAUUUCGACUACAACUUCUGGGGUCCUUGUUCAAGAGAUGGAAGUUCGAUGGUCACUUAUGAUAGAAAACUCUAUUUGUACGGAGGAAGAUUUGUGUGUGGCCAUAAGUUUUAUAAGUGGGGUCCUCAAAAAUUAGAUGAAAAAUCUAUUCAUGGAUACAGAGUUCAUCAUACUGCUGGAAUCUAUAAGAACUUUAUGAUUCUGUUUGGAGGAGAAAUUCAUGUUGAACAAUCUAAUCACAAAUUAGUUAGUGAAUGCACCAGUGAUGUCAAGACAAUCUCAUUGACAUCCUUUGAUAUCAAAUUGAUCAAAUAACCUGGAACUAUUCCUGCAAGAAAAUGUCAUAUUGGUGAAAUAGUUGGAAGAUAUUUAAUAAUUUUUGGAGGAAUAGAUAAUAGAGGUAAUUAUAUGAAAGAUUUACUUUGUUAUGACAUUCCACAAUCUAAAUGGGUCCAAUUGAAUGUAGACCCAUUUGAUUUGUAUGCCAAUGGAAUUGCUUUUCAUAAAUCUUGCUUAGUCACACAGAAUAAAUUUUGUGAUAUUUAUAGACAAGACCCUGAUCUUAAGUUUUCAAAUUAAGGAAUUUAUGUAUUCGGAGGUCAAGAUAAAUUUGGAGAUUAUUUAGAUACCUUUAUUCGUAUUGAUGUGUAUUAAAAACCUAUUCGUAUUGAGCAAGUUGAGUGCAAAGGAAUCAGUCCUAUUGCUAGAUGUCAGCAUUCCAUGAAUUAUAAUGAAGCUUUGAGUUCUAUCGUUGUAUAUGGUGGAAAAAAUGACGACAAUACUUUUGAAGGAUUCUUAAAUGAUUUGUACUUGUUCGAUGUGAAGAACUCCUCUUGGAUUCAACUAGAAUUAAAAGGAGCUUAAAUGCCUGGAAGAUGUGGCCAUUCCUCUUCCUGUAUCGAUACUAAAAUUUUCAUUUUUGGCGGAUAUAAUUAUAAUGGGUUUGUCAAAAGUGAUAUCUUAGUAGUUGAAUUAGACUCGAAUGUUUCACAUUAAUUAAUCUAAUCUGAUAAAGUUAAUGAAGAAAAACCAAGAAACUCAAAAAUUAGAGUGUCUUUUCAUUAAAUUCCAGAAAAAAGAAAAACUAUUGAUAAAACCAACGAAAGGAAAAAAGAAAUUGAAAAAUUAAACUUUAAAAAUUCUCAUUCUUUCUUACCUAUGCCUAGACGAGUCACAAUGCUCAUAAAUGCUAUGAGGUUUGGAUAAGAACCCAAAGCAAAUACUGAAGGUUCAGGAUCCAACUCAAAUAAAAAUUCACCCAAAGAUGGUACAAGAAGACCUCAUCGUAAUAUGACUCUGAUAGUUGAAGGCAAACAAGAAAAAUGA